AAUUCUUUUUCUUUUAUGCUUGCUCUCUUGUACACCAGUUAAGGCUGUCCCGGAUGUAGAGGCCAUUUCUACGAACUCUUGCUUCCUGAAUCAAAAGAUUUGAGUAUUAUCUCCACAAAAUGACAGAACAACAGUUAGACUGCGCAUUGGAUUUGAUGAGAAGGCUUCCUCCACAACAAAUAGAGAAAAACUUAACAGAUUUAAUAGAUUUAGUGCCAAAUUUAUGUGAAGAUUUAUUAUCAUCAGUAGACCAACCAUUAAAGAUAUCUCGAGAUAAAAAUGUAGGAAAAGAUUUUCUAUUGUGUGAUUAUAAUAGAGAUGGCGAUUCGUACAGAUCACCAUGGAGCAACACCUAUUUCCCUCCUUUAGAUGAUGGUGCCAUGCCUUCAGAGCGACUCAGAAAACUAGAACAAGAAGCCAAUAGAUCAUUUGAUCAAUACAGAGAAAUGUAUUUUGAAGGAGGUGUCUCAUCUGUAUAUUUAUGGGAUUUAGACCAUGGCUUUGCUGGUGUUAUAUUAAUCAAGAAAGCUGGUGACGGGUCAAAGAAAAUUAAAGGCUGUUGGGAUUCUAUACAUGUGAUAGAAGUACAGGAGAAAUCUAGUGGAAAAAGUGCUCACUACAAAUUGACAUCAACAGUUAUGUUGUGGUUACAAACAUCCAAGGACGGAUCAGGAAUCAUGAAUCUAGGAGGUAGUUUGACCCGACAAGGGGAACAAGAUAAUACUGUUAGCGAAAGUGCUCCUCAUAUUGUUAACAUUGGUAGAAUGGUUGAGGAGAUGGAGAACAAAAUAAGGAUGACAUUGAAUGAGAUUUAUUUUGGUAAAACACAGGACAUUGUCAACGGUUUAAGGUCAUUUAAUUCACUAGAAGACGAAUUGAGCCAAAAAGCUGUCAUUAGCAAUUUGAAAGAUGUAUUAAAUAAAAGGGGAGAGAAGCAGUGAUGAUACAUACAAUUAUUAGCGCAGACAAUUUUUAUGGGCACCAGAUGGUGCAACAAACUGUAUUAAAAGGAAAUGGUGCAAAAUUGUUUUUUUGCUUCAUUAAUUUGCAAAGUUUUUGAUAUUGAAAAAAAAAUAAAAUUGGAAAUUGGUGAAGAAAGAGAACCCAACAGGCAGUUUAAAAGUUAUUGAUUAUGUUGAGGGAAAAAUAUGUGGAAAAAUAAUAUAUAUUAUACGAAUUUGUAGCAAAGAAAUAGGUUAAGGAUAUUAAUCAUGGUAGCAUUUGGUUGCUCUUAUUAUAGAAGCAUGUGUUAUUAUUUAUGAAUAAAAAGACUUAAGCAUUUUCAGGGAUUGACAAUUUUUCAAAAUCCACUUUCCAAAAGGACAGCAUUGACAUUUGCUAGCUUGCCUUGUAAUGAUAUGGCUUAGCCUAACACUUUUUACACAAAAAAAACAUAAAAAAAUCAUUUGCCUAUGGGAAAAUUAAAAUGUGCUUUCACUUUUUACUGUCUCAUUGUUUUCCUUGGCAACAGACAUAGGUAAUAUUGUUUUCCUUGGCAACAGUCUAUGGUAAUUACAAGUCAGUAAAUAGAAUAUUUUGUAAACAUACAUGAUGAUGGCACUUCUGCCAAUUUUUUUUCAUAAGUGAUAUUAUGGAAGUUGUGACUAAAGAUUUAACUUUUCGAAUUAACAUAAAUGAACGCUUAUUUAUUUACAAUUAUCUAAAUAUUUUCUGGUGAAAUUGUACUUGAACAGUUUAAAAAUAUAGAUGCUGGUCAUCUAGGAGGAAAUAACUCUUAAGAUAUUGCUGUAAAAAUAUCUCUAAUUUAAAAAGUAAUUUUUAUUUGAAGUUUAAUAAAAUUCUUCUGAAAUGAAAAAAAACAACUUUUUGAAUUUUUUGCUUUCUUUCAAAGAAAUUAUCAAGGGUUAUUGAAGGUACUGGUUCAGUUUGAAGAAAACUUCUGUUUACCUUGCAACAGUUGUCUAUAUUGUACAAAUAACAGUUCACACGAAUUUAUGAUGUCAUUUGUCUUAGUCACCUGAAAAAGGACAUGAUUGAAAUAGUCUUUCCAAAAUAUUAAUGUCUAAGUAAACCUGAUUUUAAAACUUGUUAUUGAUGUUAAGUUUUACCUUCAUUUGAAUUAUCAUGACAUAUUUUCUGAUUCUAUCACAGGUUCUUAAAAAUAUAAAUUAGCAAUCAUGGUUUCUUUUUCUUCAUGGGGAGAUUACUGCUUUCAGACUAUUUGUAGAAAAGAUAACUCUAAAUAUGACAAAUUGUGUUACUGCCUUAUUAAGUGAUUGUUAACUAGCUACAGCAUAAUUAAAGUAAUUAAGUAUGAUUUUAUAAUAUGUAUAUAUAAUAUAUUUCACAUUCAUGAUACUUGUACAAAUAUGAGAUAACAUUAAAACAUGUACAAAAUCA